UUUAUGCAUGUCAAUCCAAAUAAAUCACUUGGCGGAAUUUGCUAUCCUGAUGGAAUUGGUUUAAUGGUAAAAUCUUCCGAUCUUUCAUUUCUCUUGGUGACAACUGCAGAUGGAACAAAAUUGAACGCUUUCAAAUUGGAAGAUUUAGUGAGAGAUGUUCCAUAUUUACGUGCACAGGAUAUGCAUAAAUUUAAAGAGAAUGAAAAGGCAGAAAAGAAACAAAGGUUGACUAAAGUUGCUGAAUUCUUUAAAGAUAUGCUUGAUGACGAAAAUGAAGAAGAAGAACAAGAUUUUGAUGAAGAGACAGAAGACAAUGAGAAGGAAUUUAUAUGUAUGGAUGAUUAACA